UCCACUGAGCUCUAACACCAACCAUUCAACAAAAGUUAAACAAUAUUUUGAUCUCAAAAGAAUCUCAACUCUUUCAUUGCCAGCUACAAAUUCUUGUUAUCCAAAUCGAAUCAGUCCCCAAUAUCAAUGGAAUAAAUUAAAUUACAGAUGCCCCCAUUUAUUCUAUUUAGUCAUCAAAGAGUGCAAUCUGUGUUUUUGCCUUCUACUGCAGGUCGAAUUCUCCAGUAGCUUAUCGACUCUAAGAUCAGUGUUGCCAAGAAAGUAUUAUCCAAUGUCAGGGGAAAGUGAUCAAGCUACUCAGGAGAAAAUUAAUCUUCUUAAUAGUACUCCAGAAGUUCAAGAGACUGAGAAUUCAUCUCCGGGAGAUCAACAAGAUAUCGACGUAAAGGACGAAAAUCUCAUGCCCGUCCAGCAGCAGGAGGAGGAAAUAAUUAAAAAAAAGUAUGGAGGGCUAUUACCAAAGAAAGCUUCACUGAUCUCCAAGGACCAUGAACAUGCUUUUUUUGAUUCUGCUGAUUGGGCUUUAGGAAAGCAAGGAGCCCAGAAGAGCAAAGGACCACUAGAGGCACUUCGCCCAAAAUUACAGCCGACACCACAUGACCAAGUGCGUUCAAGACGGACAGCUUAUGCUCGUACAGAGGAUGGCAAAGAUGGUAGCAUCCACGAUGAUACUAAUCCUAAAGAGGAUCAAAGCAUGAUAUUGGAUAAGACCACCGAUUGCAGUGACUGUUGUGAGGAUCACAAUUGCCAAAGCUGACAAUGUUCCGUUUUAAGCACUGAACUUAUCCUUCUGAAAGAACCUUCUUCGAGUGAUUUCUUGAGUGAAAUGUAUCCGUCAUCCAUUUUUGUAAUCUUGAAUACAUAAACAUGGUGACACAGAUGAGUCGCCACUCCUUUAUUUCUCGAAGGCCAGUAAGGUCUGUUAUUUAUGUGUCAA